AUAAAGUGCGCCAUCUGGCUUCAUCACCACGUCAUCGCUGACAAUUAACCAAAGCGGGCCGUUGAAGGUAACAACCCAAAAAAGGCAGGUCACACCAUUAUUUCGUGUCAUUUAAAGGGCGUCCAUGAGUCACUCCGGCUUUCCCCUCUCCUGCUUACGAGUGGACAUGUAUUAUAUAGGACUUGAUGACCAACACCAAUUACCCCAAUAUCAUGGGGCAGAUACGGAGUACUUUAGCAUCUUUUUCCAGUCCAGCCAAACACCAUAAUACAGAAUGCCGUCCCCGAUUUUCCCCAAAGUCCUACAGCCUGGUGCAACGAUAGCUUUCAUCUCGCCAUCGGCACGGCUCAACGAUGAGUUGCCUGAUGUAAUGACGCGGGCGACUGCUGUGCUAUCAGAACGAGGCUACAACGUUCGCACGUUUUUCAACAAGGACACAGGCAUCCAGUCGUCAAUAAGCAACCGGCUGUCAGAAAUUCGGGCUGCCUUUUCAGAUCCCGACAUCUCUGCCAUCAUAUGCACAAUCGGCGGUCCGUCCUUCACCGAGUUGUUGCCGGCCUUGAUUGCCGACACGGAGCUGCACGAUAUCAUUCGCGCCGACCCGAAGAUAUUCGUGGGCUUCUCCGACAUCACCGGCUUCCACUGGUUCUUACAUGCGCUGGUCGGUCUGCGCACCUUUUAUGGACCUUGCGCAAUCCCCGAACUUGGCGAGGCAAAUUCUGCGAGUGACGAGCAGUCACCGCUUGCGUUCUGCGUCAAGCAUCUUUUCCGUGCCAUUGCAUCGCGCGAGCCGGUCGGGGCGAUCCCAAAAUCCUUGACCUACGCACCGAAGCUUGCUGCAUGCUUCAAACACCCAGCCUCUCUGUUGGCGCCCGAGCUGGCUAAAACUCAUCCCUGGAAGUGGCUUCGGCCUGGAAAGGCCGAGGGCCGACUUUUCGGCGGCUGUCUCACCGUCGUCGCGCGCCUGAAUGGGAUCCGCGCAAUUGUUCCACAGUGGCGAGGCCGGAUCGUAUUUCUCGAGACUGCCAUGGGGGAUGAUGGGGACUCGGGGAACCCACUCAGUCGAGUUCAGGCUGGCUUCGCAGACUUGAUAGCCCAAGGCGUCUUCGAGGAGGCGGCGGGUUUAGUUGUUGGCAGGCCAUUCGGGUAUGAUUCCGACGAGGCGAGGCAGACCUACGCCGACGUCAUCACAGGAUUGCUGUGCGAAGGGAGGCUGGCAGAAAAGAAGUUUCCCAUUUUGUUUAAUGUCGAUAUUGGACACACAACCCCGAUGGUCACACUUCCAUUCGAUGCAUUAGCUGUACUGGACUCCGAGAAGGAUGUUUUUGCAGUCUUAGAGUCUGGAGUCGUAUAAGUACAGUCAAAGCUGUAUCACUCAUUAAUAAAAACGAAAAUAUGAAUAAGA